AUGUAUAAAUAUCAUUAUUCUUAUCUGGGUAGUUUCGAUCAUAUAAGAAGGAAAGGCUUUUUCACUUUAAGGAAUGUAAUCUGGUGUAUACUUGUAUUUCUAGGUGUCACGACAUUGUUUUAUUGGAGCGGGUAUGAUCUGACGCAGAUAGGUGUUGACUCUCAACACCUCAAUCUCGAAAUCAUCUACGACUAUCACUCAGAUACAAAUACAGUUACAAGGCCUCAGACCAGAUGUCACGGUGAAGGUAGGAUCGUAGGUGGGGUACCGGGUUUUUACGUCUUUGAUAAGAUCUGGUAUAAAUCUGGGGAGUUCUAUAUCUUUACGGAUCAACCUGAUCAAAUCACCUUACCACCCUUGACCGCUAUAUCGAGUGGGUCAAACCCUAUACAUAUCAGACCUUCAUCUGAAUCGCCUGUUCAUCAUUCAAGUAAACAACGUAAGCCUCAUAAACAGCGGAACGAGGUCAUGAGAUGUUAUUUGGAUGAGACCAUAUGGAUGAACAUUGGUGUUUCAUCAUUUUCUGCACCUCUUGAUGAUCCAUUGGAUCCAUUGGAUCCUUUGAUAGAGAAAGACGGUCUGAGUCGAAGAUCAAGAAUAGCCAGACGGUUCAAUUGGGAAUUUCACCAUUAUCAUUUCCUUGCUGAAUCGUUAUUAGGAGGAUUAGCAUCUUUGGAUAUCACUCGUCAUGGACACGGACCCGCAUCGAUACUACAAGAAGAGAAGAACUGGUUGGUCGUUCCGUGGGAAGAAGAGUGGAAAGAUCAAUAUGGAUUAAAUGAACCUAUAGUCAGUGGACUGUUCCAUAAUCACUUUGUUGAUAGUCGAAAAUGGAACGAGACCACAUUUGACGGUAACUGGAUAGGCUUUGAGAGAUUGGUCAUAGUCGAUCGGUGGUCUUCGCAAAUGCACAACCCCCAAGCUAUUCAAUGGAAUAAAAUGGCUCUGGAUAUAUUCAAUCUGCUCCCUUCCACUUCCUCAUCUUCGUCAGAAGUCGAUUCUAUAUUCUCACCUUAUCGAGUUAAGUUCCUGAAUUAUAUGGAUAUCCAAAGUCUUCAUCGAUCAAAAGCAAGAACGGCUCUUCAUCAUAUACCCAAGAUCGUGUAUGUGGAUAGACAAUCAUCCUCUCGAACUUUGUUACCGGAUGAUCACGAGGGGCUGUUGGAGGUGUUGGAUCAGUUAACGAAGAAAGGUGUGGCAAGAUGCGUGGUGGGUAAACUGGAGGAGAUGAAUUAUAAGGAUCAGAUCAGGUUGUUCGCUGAUGCCGAUAUUAUUAUCGGUGUACAUGGGAAUGGAUUGACUCAUCAGAUGUGGAUGGCUCCAGGGGGAAUAGUCAUCGAAAUAUUCCCUCCAGGAGUCUUUUUGAGAGAUUAUCAGCUGAUAGCUCAAGUAGUAGGACACGAACAUAUAGCUAUCCUGAAUAGCCGGAUAUACACCAGACAAGAAUGGGAGAACGAACCUGGUAAAUUACUAGCAUCUCAUCCGAACGAAGCGAAUGAUCGGAAUAUCACUUUAAGUCAAGGAUUCAUAGAAGAUCUGUUGUACCUCAAAUUAACGAAUUAUCAAGUUGAUGUUGCAUCAUAG